AUGUCACGGAAUCGUCGAGCUGUCUUUGGUGAUCCGCCAUCCGCAUAUUUGGCUGCAGUGAUAGAAAGAAAUGAGAGAGCACGCAGGGAGCGAGAACGAUCCAGGCUGGAGAACGAGCAGAACCAAGGUGAAGAGGAGUUGCCUAGGAAAAAGCCUGCCCUUCGUAAUAACCAAGGAUAUUCCUAUCGAACUCCAGCAACAGAGAACGAUUACCUCGUAUGGUCCUGCCGUGGGACCCCGGCUUCGAAUACCUAUGCCCUCUCUGGAAGUAGUCAUUCACAAUUCGCUGAUUCGGAAUCUAACGGGGAGUCCCGUGAACAAAGUGAUAGUAUUAUCACAGACCAAAUCAAUCACGCGGGUGAUGAGAGCGACGGAUAUGGAGACGAGGAUACUGAAAAGAGCCCAGAAAACUCAGAGCAAGAUGAAUCCGAAGGAUUUGAAGAGAAUUAUGGAAAUGGAGAUGAAACAUUUCAAGGUCUGGAAGACAGUGAUAAUGUCGCUGAUAUGGCUGACGACGAAAAUACCACCUUUCAGAGACAGGAUCCACGCGCAUCUCCGACAAUCGUGACGGACAAAGACGAAGAAGACGUGGGCAACCGGCAAGAUUGUAAACGGGAGGGCGGAAGCAAUAUUUUUGUGAACAAAGACAUUCGCGCUCCUUUUCCCCUCGAGGUCGACGGUGACACCGUCAGCUUGCUACCGUCAGCUUCCAACAAUGCCCUACAUGCGCGACGCCGUUUUGCAAUCCAGCGUAGUUUUGCAGUCUCAAACCGUUCAACUUCUCAUAUGUUUUCUCUUCCUGGUGCUAUAUUUGUUGACCCUGUUGAUUUCGACGAAGACGACAUCCGAUCCUUGGCGCACAACUUGGCUCGUACAUGCACAACUCUUGGGUUUGAAGGUAACGAAGUUUUGCCAAACGAAAAUACACCACCAAUUGAAGCAAUUACUCGGAAUCCAGGACAUCGACUGGUGGGACACCGUUAUAGCCCUGUUCCGCAAGGUCAAGGCGCUUUUCAUGCUAAUAGCUCUCGAUCCGCGUUGCUCCCCAAUGUAUCCACUUCCACAUCUGAGGCAACUUUUGAUGAAUCUCUCCGUGAAGAAAAUGAUGGCACCGUGCAAUACCCCGACGAGUUCGCCUCUAACUUGGAAUAUCAGAUCCCGGAUUGGUAG